AUGGGAUAUCAAAAAACAGAAGAAACGGGUCAACUAUUCCAGUCUAGCCAGGAAAACUUUUUCAUUUUCAGAAUUCUCAAAUUUCCGUCGACGAUUUCAUAUGUGAGUUUUUCGACCAUUUUCGAAUCAUUUUUUUAUAUAUUUUUUUGCUUUUUCAGAAGAUCUCUAUUCUAUUUUAUAUCAAUAUUUUCUUUGGGCUUCUUUGUUUGUUUAUACAUAACGUUUGGAUGGCAGAAAGGUGGAGGAGAUUCCAUAACAGUAUCCCAGUCCCUGCCCAGCUACUCGAACUACUUCAACACUACAGUAACCCCUACAAAAACUGAAACCUCAGAAAAAUCGGAAAAAUCAGAAAUACAAAACGAUUCAAAAUACCAAGAUGAUUGCUCAUUGCCAGUGUUCGAUCCAUGGGACGAAACAAUAAAACCAUUUAUGGUAGAGGACACGAAAAUGAAAUUUUGCAAUAAAAACUUCAAACCGUUUACCGAAUUGGUGAAUGGAACGUUUCGAGUGGUAGAGGAGAAGGAGGGAAGGACUUGUAAAGGGCGAUGCCACACACUCCCGGACCUCACCGCUCCGUUCAAAGUCACCAACUGGUUUUCGCCAGGACCCACGGAUUGUGAGUUCUUGGAAGCAGUGUGCUGGGAAAAGGGACAAUUUGGUGAGAAAGAAGUCUAUGGAUGGAUUCAUACACAGAUUCUGCCGAACAAAGUUCCGAAACCAUCCAUUGAAAAAUCCGAGCAUCCAGAUGUUUUCGUUUUUGUUAUGGAUUCGUUAGCGUCAGGAAUGGCUAAAAGAUCCCUCCCAAAGACGCUGGAAUUCAUGAAAACCAAACUGCAAGCUGUUGACUUUCCAUAUUUGAGUCAAGUCGGUACUCGGAGUCAAGUUAAUGCAGUUCCACUCUGGUUUGGAAAACAAGUGGAAGCUGGUACCAUGAAAGGUGGAAAACGAAUGGAAGCCGAUUGGACUGAGGAGGAGUACUGUAAGAAUUAUUUGGAUGAUAAGCCGAAUAUGUUUAGAGACUUUUUGGAUGCUGGGUAUACGACAAACUACCUUGACAACUGGAUUGACCAAACUCUCACCCAUAAUCCGAUUUGCAAGGGCUUCCAACAUUUCCAUACAAAUCACACCUUCUUUCCGCUGACCCAUAUUCUGGAAAGGACCGUCUUAUGGGUCACCAAACAAAGUCUAAAAGGGACUCAAAUUUGUCGAGAGGUCCAUCAGGCAACUUUGGAGUACUUCGAUCAAUUUGUCAGAGCUUAUCCAGAUCGGCCAAAGUUUACAUGGAGUUGGUUUGUGCAUUUGGCACAUGAAAAGCUAGCUGGACCGGAUCGAGCCGAUCCGCAUUUUUUGGAAUUUUUCCAGAACAAUUUUGAGAUUUUCGACGAUGCAUUCGUAAUAUUUACUGCUGACCAUGGCUUCCGUGCCGGAUCCUUUGAAUUCUACAAAACCAAAAUUGGAGCAUUUGAGAAGCACAAUCCAUUUUUACAAAUUUCGGUUCCCAAGAAAUAUCGGGAUAAUGGAAUUUUGGAGGUUAUGAGGGAGAAUGCAAACAGAUUACAGAGUCAUUAUGAUACUAGAGCAACAAUUUUGGAUAUAUUGAAGUACCAACCAUCAUCCCAAUUCACGGACCACGCCACCCUCAAAAUCCCCGAUGAAAAAGGCAACUCUCUUCUUCGUCAACAACCUCUGACGCCUAGAAAUUGUGAACAUCUUCCGAUUCCUCAGCAAUACUGUAUUUGUCAAUCGAAGUCCACGGAUUUGACUGCGGACGCCAAGUUGUGUGAACGUCUUGGGAGAUCAUUUUUGGCUCAUAUCAAUUCAGAAAUCGAUAAUUUCAAGUUGGGCUCUUUAUGUCAUAAAUUUGAUAUUCAAAUUGUCCUGGAACUCGAUCUACACGCCUCUAGCCACGCCUCCAAGACCACAUACCAUAUAUCUGUGAAAACACAACAUCCUGCGCAAUUUGAAACGCUUAUCACUGAGGAUAAGGAAACGAAAAAAUUGACAUUUGAUCAAAUUGAGCGAUUGGAUCGAUACGGGUCAACUGCGGACUGCUCAAAACCGGUGCAUUUUACGAAUCUUUGUUUUUGUAAGACGAGAUAA